AUGGAUAAUUACUACUACACUUAUAUUUUCCUUUCCAUUUUCUUCUUUUUAGCAACUGUAUUAUUUAUCAAAGCGAGUUCUAAAACCCGGUUGAAACUGCCACCAGGUCCUCCUGCAUGGCCGAUCAUCGGCAACUUAUUCGGCUUGAACGCCGAAAAACCUCAUAUAUGGCUGGCGAAUCUCGCGCGAGAACACGGCCCGCUGUUCUCUCUGAGAUUAGGGUUUAGGGUUUUGGUGAUGGCGUCCUCCCCUGAAACUGCAAAGGAAGUGUUGAAAACCCGCGACCGGGAUUUAUCGGGGAGGUUCAAGUCGAGGCUGAUCGGAUCCCUCCCCGAGUUCCAAAGCUCCGUCAUCGUUCUAUCCACCGAAUGCGGCGAGAAGUGGAGGUCUUUACGUAAGAAUGCUCACGUUGAGCUCUUUUCACAUGGAGCCCUAGAAUCUCAUACAAAGAUUAGGGUUCAAAAGGCUCAAGAAAUGAUGGAUUUCUUAGCUAAACAAGAAGGAGAAGUUGUGGAGAUCGUGAACGUCGCGUACGCGACCGCAGUUAACAUUUUGACUAACACUUUGAUGUCGGAGGAUCUUAUUCGUUCUCUGGAUUUUGCCGUUGGUGAAAUGAAGAAGUUUUCAAGGAUGCUUAUUGGGUUUGUGAUCCCCACCAUAGCUGAUUUGUACCCUUUGAUUGGUGGUUUUUUAGAUGGUGGAUAUACGAGAAUAGUAGGGAUGGAAUAUAAGGAAAAGAGCAAGGCACUUUGGGGAGAAGUAGUGGAAGCAUCUAGCGGAGGAUCUGUUGAAGAAUUAGGACUCACCGGAGGCAAAUCAACAUGUGGAGACAAUGGAGGAAACGGAUCAACAGCGGAAUGA